AUGUCGCGAGAUGUGUUCGCCAAGCUCGUGCCGACCGGCCAGGUCCGAAGCGUCCUCUUGUCUUUCCCAACAGUGCUUGACCGUGAGCGUUACUUCCUUCUUCCCUACGGUCCGAUACUGCUAAGAUUCGGCGAUGUGGACGCAGAACUGGGGUUGGUUCACCAUCUUGGAUAUGCGGAGUCUUUGAAUGUCGCCAUCAGCAUCUGCUUAACAUACACGCUGAUCUUCACAUGCGUCCGCAUACAUCUUCGGAGGAGCAGCUUUGGCGCUGAUGAUGUUGUCGUAGUCAUCGCUACCAUUGCUGCAAUGGCGCAUUUUGCAGCUUCGUAUACGUGUCUUACAGCUGGCCUGGGCAAACCAUACGACAUGAUCAAGGAGAACAUCCAUCGAUUAGAUUCUAAAGCAAUCGCUAGUGCUGUGACAUUUGUCCUUACCCUUUAUGCUGCGAAGAUUGCCGCCCUGGUGUUUCUAAUGCGCAUUCAGUCAAAAACACGCACUACUUACUUUUAUCCGACACUCGUCCUCGUAUAUAUCGUUUUGGGCAUCGCAAGCGCAAUCACAAUCACUGCGGGAUGUCCAUCAGCAUCAGGCUAUUACUGGGACUUUGAGAACAACAAAGACUCAUGUCCUAGCGAAGAGCGCAGAUGGCAGGCUAUGACAGCCUUAGACAUCAUCUCUGAAAUCGUCCUUUUAGCGCUACCAGUCAACCUCGUAUGGACAUUACAAAUGCCUCAGAAGCGCAAAGCCAUGGUCAUAGUAACUUUCUGGACGCGAGCUCCCACUCUGGUAACUAUCCUUAUGGCCGUCGAAGUCAGCUACGCAUUGAUAUCCUGCACGCUCACGACAUCGAAGAACUUUACCGACGGCUUCAGCACAGGCUUCGGCAUGGGUCACAUCCCCGGCGCUGCAGAAUCCUACAAUCUGUCCGCUGUAGGAUCUUCCGGUAACCCACAAACACAUAGAGGUGGAGGUGGUUACAAAAGCAACAUCUCCACCAUGAAAGGGACAAAUGCAGGAACACAGAUUAGCGGGCACAGAUUUCAUGUCAAGACACCUAGUUUUGGAGAUGGGAUGGAUGGACCGAUGCAAUUGAGGUCUUCACAGCAAAGGUUGGAGAGUAGGACUAUUGUGCAAAGAGGAGAACAGAGGUAUUGGGGUGAAGGGGAGAGUGUAAGUAGUGAUGGUGGCCAUGACGAUCUGGUCAUCGUUAGGCAUACCGAGUAUACUGUUUCGCACGACGAAGCACCUAUACUGCAAAAGCAUAGCUUAGACAGAAUGUGA